AUGGACAACAAACGUCGCUCUGGUCGUGGCGGUCGUGGCGGCAAGAGAGGUUCUCAUUCGCAAGCUCAUCGCGGCGGAAGACCUGGACAGAACCAGAACCAAGACCAGCCUCGUCGUGAGCAGCAAAGAGACACUCCCGAGCAUUCAAACAAUGAUCAUGUUGACCCUCCUGCCACCGCUCUUGCCCCCGAAGCAGGUGCCUUCAGUACGCGUCGCUUCGACAGCCUUUUGGAAAACAACAAGGUUGAUCCCGUCAUCGUUCGCACCAUCACAAACGACAUGAAAUUCGAGUACAUGACCCCUGUGCAAGCCAGCACUCUGGAUGAGCUUCUUCCUCCUCAUCGCAAUGACUGCCUCGUUCAGGCCCGUACUGGAACGGGUAAGACGAUGGCUUUCCUUCUACCGGCCCUGCAGACCAUGAUCAACCAGAAGCGUGGCUCGGGUAGCGGUAUCUCUUUGCUUGUCGUCUCGCCAACUCGCGAACUCGCGCAGCAGAUUUCCACCGAAGCAACCAAGGUUCUCAAGAACCUCCCUCAGUAUCGCGUGCAGUGCGUCAUGGGUGGAACAAACAAGGAGCGCGAAGAGAGAGCUAUCAUCGGCGGCUGUGAGAUUCUCAUCGCCACACCCGGUCGUCUUUUGGACCACAUGUCCAGCGAGGACAUCCGACACUGCAUGCGCCACGUCGACACUCUAGUCCUUGACGAAGCAGACCGUCUUCUCGAUAUGGGCUUCCUCAAGGAUCUUCGCUCAAUUGUUAAUCAACUUCCCAACAAGGCCGAUACCAACCGCCAAGGCAUGCUCUUCUCCGCCACCAUUGCUCCCCAUGUGAAGCAGGUCGCCGAGCUCGUGUGCUCGCCUCAGUACAAGUUCAUCUCGACCAUCCCCGAGGGUGAAGUCAACACCCACGAGCGCGUUCCUCAGUUCCUUGUCAAGGUUCCUACCUUUUCCGACAUGGCGCCCGCCAUGGUCGGAGUCGUUCGCGAGGAGGCAACUCGAGGCCAGAACUUCAAGGCAAUUCUGUUUGCGACUACUGCUGCGAUUGCCGACUUUUACUUCAGCAUUCUCGAGGCUACCCCCGGUUUGCCGCCCGUGUCGGUUCUCCACAGUCGCAUGGCACAGAACAAGAGAACCAGAAUCACCAACGACUACCGAACUGCUCGCAGCGCUAUUCUCGUAGCUACUGAUGUUGUCGCUCGAGGAAUGGAUUUCCCUGGUGUCACCACUGUUAUCCAAGUUGGUCUGCCCGCUGACAAGCAAAGCUACAUCCACCGUCUAGGCCGAACUGCACGAGCUGAUGCCGAUGGUCGAGGAAUCUUGAUUGUCUCCGAGGUAGAAGGUUUCUUUCCCAAGUACACCCUCAAGGAGAUCAAUUUUCAGGAACGUGAGGCCGACCUGUCGCCUACCCAGGACGUCAUCGACCAAGCCACCAAGAUGGAAGACGAGGCCAAGUCGCGCGUUUACCAAGCCUGGUUGGGCUACUACAACAGCCACAUGAAGGCUCUUCGAUGGAGCAAGGAGGACCUCGUCCGUCAGGGCAACGUGUUCGCACGCAAUGGUCUCGGAGCUCCCGAAGUCCCAGCUCUGCAGAAGAGCACUGUUAGCAAGAUGGGCUUGAAGGGUAUUAAGGGUCUUAACGUCACGGCCGACCGACCUCGCACUAAGCAUGGAGCUCCUGGCGGCCACGGUGACAACGGACGUGGAAAGCGAGGACGAAUCAAAACAGACAUAUUGAGCACACUCUCGCCGAAACAUGAAUGUGUUGAUGGAGCAAACAACUUACAAGGGUCCGUCGGCUGGAAAAAGAAAAUGCAGCAGCAAUCUCACCUCAUCUUUGAACAUGGGCAUCUGCAACUAUACGCACCAACUCGCUAUGUUCCUCCCGAGGGAUGUGAAGAAUGGACCAAGUCGCAUCUGGAUGACAUCUGUCUAGACAUGGACUCUUUAACCCUGGAGUCUUCUCCAGCAAAAGCGGAACGCAAAAGGCAAUUCUCCCGGAAAUACAAGAUCCAAUCUCGCCUGACUACCCAUAACGGCACGCUAGUACUGGGUCAGCCUAUGGCCCACGUAUACCCUCCCAUGAUAAAUCCCACCAGUAAUUCUGGCCCAAGAAUUUCUUUUUUCUUGUCGUUGCCAGGAGAGCUUCGUCUUGGCGUCUAUCGCCACCUUCUCGUCUCUCAAAAUCUCCCCGUUCUUUGCUCCACUGUAGCUGCUGGCGGCUUUCGCGUUCUGGCUGAGGAAUUGUACGAUUUGGACCUCGGGAUCCAUCCACAGAUUCUGCAGACAUGUAAGACAAUUAACCGAGAAGCGACGCAGGUUCUAUAUGCGGACAAUGUCUUCCGAAGAAAAGUUUACUGGCCGAAUUCUUGGGGGAGGAGGGGAGAAAGAAGGCCUUUACCUCUGAAGGAAUCUUCGCCCAUCAAUCAUGUCAAUUUGCAGAGCAUCACAAACAUCCGCAUCUUUCGGGAAUACCGCAAAUGGCUGCGCGAUGGAAGACUGAGAGUUUUGGAUGAGUUUCCCUCGUUGAGAGAGUUGCAGGUCCACGUCGACAUGAAUGACGCCCGGGACGUGUCCUUGGUAUACAAAGAUGCUUUGAGAUCAAUCAAUCUUCACCAUCGUCAACUGCCCUGUCUGAAGUUCAAAAUGCGCCUCGCAUUCGACCAAGCUUAUAAAGACUGGUGCAACGAGUACACCAGUCGCCCCAUGGGCUUCAGUCUCCACCUGCGAAAAAAGGCAGAAUUGGAAAAUUGGUUCCAGAAAGAGGAUAUGUUUGCCGACAAAAAGAUCACAUGGCAAUUUCUUAUAGAAUUGUCUAGCUAUGUCGGGCCAUCGGCAACGAUCAUGUUCUCAACGGUUACGUCCCAAUCGAGGGACCAGGCCGAUGAUAUAUCUUGCUGCGUCGACGUCGAUGGCAAAAAUACGUGGAGUAAACUACCGAUGUGA